UCAUCAUCACCACCAUCACCAUCAUCCUCAUCAUCACCAUCACCAUCAUCAUCAAAUCUCAAAUUUAAAAUGUCUAAUUCAAAAUCUCAAAUUCAAAAUCUCAAACUCAAAAUCUCAAACAGAAAAUCUCAAACAGAAAAUCUCAAACUCAAAAUCUCGAACUCAAAAUCUCAAACUCAAAAUCCCAAACUCAAAAUCCCAAACCUCAAAAUCCCAAACCCAAAAUCCCAAACUCAAAAUCCCAAACCUCAAAAUCCCAAACCCAAAAUCCCAACCUCAAAAUCCCAAACCCAAAAUCCCAAACUCAAAAUCCCAAACCUCAAAAUCCCAAACCCAAAAUCCCAACCUCAAAAUCCCAAACCCAAAAUCCCAACCUCAAAAUCCCAAACCCAAAAUCCCAAACCUCAAAAUCCCAAACCUCAAAAUCCCAAACCCAAAACCCCAACCUCAAAAUCCCAACCUCAAAAUCCCAAACCCAAAAUCCCAAACCCAAAAUCCCAAACCUCAAAAUCCCAAACCCAAAAUCCCAAACCCAAAAUCCCAAACCCAAAAUCCCAACCUCAAAAUCCCAAACCCAAAAUCCCAAACCCAAAAUCCCAAACCUCAAAAUCCCAACCUCAAAAUCCCAAACCCAAAACCCAAAACCCAAAAUCCCAAACCUCAAAAUCCCAAACCCAAAAUCCCAACCUCAAAAUCCCAAACCCAAACUCCCAACCUCAAAAUCUCAAACCCAAAAUCCCAAACCCAAAAUCCCAACCUCAAAAUCCCAAACCCAAAAUCCCAAACUCAAAAUCCCAAACCCAAACUCCCAACCCAAAAUCCCAAACCUCAAAAUCCCAAACCCAAAAUCCCAACCUCAAAAUCCCAACCUCAAAAUCCCAACCUCAAAAUCCCAAACCCAAAAUCCCAAACCCAAACUCCCAACCUCAAAAUCUCAAACCCAAAAUCCCAAACCCAAAAUCCCAAACUCAAAAUCCCAAACCUCAAAAUCCCAAACCCAAAAUCCCAAACCUCAAAAUCCCAAACCCAAAAUCCCAAACCUCAAACUCCCAACCCAAAAUCCCAAACCCAAAAUCCCAAACCUCAAAAUCCCAAACCCAAAAUCCCAAACCUCAAAAUCCCAAACCCAAAAUCCCAAACUCAAAAUCCCAAACCCAAAAUCCCAACCUCAAAAUCCCAAACCCAAAAUCCCAAACCUCAAAAUCCCAACCUCAAAAUCCCAAACCCAAAAUCCCAAACCUCAAAAUCCCAACCUCAAAAUCCCAAACCCAAACUCCCAACCUCAAAAUCCCAAACCCAAAAUCCCAAACCUCAAAAUCCCAAACUCAAAAUCCCAAACCUCAAAAUCCCAAACCUCAAAAUCCCAAACCUCAAACUCCCAAACUCAAAAUCCCAAACCCAAAAUCCCAAACCCAAAAUCCCAAACCUCAAAAUCCCAAACCCAAAAUCCCAACCUCAAAAUCCCAAAUUCAAAAUCCCAAACCCAAAGGCGAAUUAUGA